AUGGCACUUCACCAAGCAAAAUCAGACAAGCUGAUCUUCGCACCCGCCGGCGGCGCUCAAAACGCCCGCGCCGACCAAUUCCUCCAGCACGAGUCUCAGGGCGGCCUGCACCGGCGCGACCUGGACCCAGCCAGCCCCAUCACCCAGUUCCACUCAUGGUUCUCAGCCGCGCAGUCCCACGCCGCCCCGGCGACAGGGCCCAGCAGCCAGCAGCAGGAAAAGCAGCAGCCGGCCAUCCCUCACCCGGAGACCUGCACCCUCUCGACGGCCUCGCUCCCCUCUGGCCGCGUGUCCGCCCGCGUCGUGUACAUGAAGGAGCUGGACGCCCGCGGGUUCGUCGUCUACUCCAACUUCGGCACGAGCCGUAAGGCGCGCGACCUCGAGUCCAACCCCUGGGCGAGCCUGGUGUUCUGGUGGGAGGCCCUCGAACGCCAGGUCCGCGUCGAGGGCCGAGCCGAGCGCCUGCCCCGCGAGGAGAGCCAGAAGUACUUUGACACGCGCGUGCGCGGGAGCCGCGUCGGGGCGUGGGCGAGCCGGCAGAGCGCGGUGCUGAGUUCCGAGGUGGGCGGGGCUGGUGGGGAUGGCGCCGGGGAGGGCGACGACGGGCGCGCACAGCUGCAGCGGUGGGUCGACGAGGCGGAGGGGCGGUUCAGGGGCUCCGAGGACAUCCCUGUGCCUGAGUUCUGGGGCGGGCUGAGGAUCGUGCCCGAGCGGGUUGAGUUCUGGCAGGGCAGGGAGAACAGGCUGCACGACCGGUUUGUGUAUGAGAAGGUGGAGGGGCAGGAGGACAAGUGGACGCUGGAGCGUCUGAGCCCGUGA